AUGCUGCUGGAUGAGGGCCAUGAAAGACUCUACGUGGGGGCCAAGAACGCCCUCUACUCUCUGGACCUGGACCACGUGAACACGCACCACCGAGAGAUCCAGUGGGCCAGCACCGGGCCGCAGAUGGAGGAAUGCCUCAUGAAGGGCAGGGAGCAGCUGGAGUGCGCCAACUACAUCAAAGUGCUGCAGGAGUACAACCAGACCCACCUCCUGGCCUGCGGCACGGGAGCCUUUAACCCCGCCUGCGCCCUGCUCAGAGUCGGACACGACUCUGAGGACAGGCUGUUCUCUCUGGAGGAGGCCAGUGUGGAGAGCGGGAAAGGCCGCUGCCCGUAUGACCACAAGAGCCCCUGUACCGCCACACUGUCCAGGGGAGAACUGUAUAUCGGCCUAUACAUGGAUUACUGGGAGAAUGAUGGAGCUGUGUGUCGUCUUAACAACCAGAGCUACACACGCACGGAGAGAAACGACCGACAGCAGCUCAGUGAGCCCAAAUUCGUGGGGUCAGCAGUUGUUCCUGAUAAUGAUGACAGGGAUGACGACAAGGUCUACUUCUUCUUCACGGAGCGAGAGGUGGACGGUGAGGGGGUGAAUAAGGCCGUCUACACCCGCGUCGGCCGAGUCUGCGCGAACGACCAGGGCGGCCAGAGGAUGUUGGUGAAUCGAUGGAGCUCGUUCCUGAAAGCCCGGCUCAUCUGCUCCGUGGCCGGGCACAACGGCGUUGAUACACACUUCGAUGAGCUUGAGGACGUGUUCGUGCUUACGAACAAGGACGAGAAGAACCCAGAGAUCUUCGGCCUCUUCAGCACAACGAGCGCCGUGUUUAAAGGCUUUGCUGUGUGCGUCUACCAGAUGGAGGACAUCAGAGCAGCCUUCAAUGGCCCAUUCGCCUUCCGGGAGAGGCCCGAGCACCACUGGACACCCUAUGAGGACAGGGUGCCCUAUCCUCGGCCCGGAUCUUGUGCCAGCAAAGUGAACGGGGGCGGCUUCUCCACCUCCAAGGAGUUUCCCGACGAGGUUCUGCGCUUCGUGCGCGCCCACCCCGUGAUGUACCGGCCGGUCCUCCCCCUGCACCACAGGCCGGUGCUGCUGCAGACGGAGCCGGGCGGGAAGAGGCUGACCCAGAUCGCUGUGGACAGGGUGCAGGCCCAGGACGGACACUACCACGUCCUCUACAUAGGCACUGCUGACUCCGUCAUUUUGAAAAUUAUUACCAUCUACAACAAGGACACAGACAGUGUGGAGGAGGUGCUGCUGGAGGAGCUUCAAGUAUUUAAGGUGCCGACACCGGUCACAGAAAUGUUGAUAUCGCCGAAAAGGCAACAGCUGUAUGUGGGGACGGAGCUGGGUGUGGCCCAGGUUAGACUACAUCAGUGUGACCUCUACGGCUCCGAGUGUGCCGACUGCUGUCUGGCUAGAGACCCCUACUGCGCCUGGGACGGCCUAACCUGCUCCAGAUACUACCAUGUGGGGGUCUACACCAAGAGACGCUUCAGGAGGCAAGACGUUCGCCAUGGCAACGCCGUCCAGCUGUGCAACGGGCUGCAAAUUGAUGAGGAGCAGUGGCACAGGGCCGAGGAGAAGCUGGUCUACGGUGUGGAGAGUAACAGCACUCUGUUGGAGUGCAUCCCUCGCUCGCUACAGGCCAGGGUUCUGUGGUUCAUACAGAGAGGAGACGAAAAACAAGAGGUUCGGCUUGACGAGCGCGUCGUCAUGACGGCCCACGGCCUCCUGUUCCUGCGCGUGAGGCGCUCAGACGCCGGCAUGUACGUGUGCCAGACGGUGGAACACGGCUACGUGCACACGCUGCUACGGAUCACCCUGAACGUGCUGGAGGACGAGGAGGUGAGCUCCAUCCUCCAUAAGGGAGAGAGGGCUGAGAGAAAGGAAGGAGAGCGGCCUCCCGGCCCCUGCCACUCUCCAGCGUGUCCCCGACCAGGCCCCAGCGUCAGCCCCAAGGUCUCGGGCCCAACCUCGGCCCUGAGCGCUCAUCCCAGGCUGUGGUAUAAGGAUUUUCUGCAGCUGAUCGGCUACGGGGACACCCUGCGGGUGGAGGAGUACUGCGAGAGGGUGUGGUGCUCCAACAAGAAGCGCAAGAAGAACAAGAGGAGGUACGCCGCUUUGGGAGGAGAGAUGGGAGGAGGCAAGGGGAAGGGAGGCGAGAACUCCCAUAGAGCACCCAGGCACACCCUGGACACAUAA